AUGUCGGAUGAUCAAAACAUACACGCUGCUAUGGAUGCAGAUGACCCGAAGUUUGCAAUACAAAAUGAAAACUGCUCUGAUAACUCAACCAAAGUAUUUGCUGAAGAAAACGAUGAAGGCUUCUUUAACUUACACCAUAGUUAUUCAAAUGCAAUAGAAGCAGCAAUUACGCAGUGGAUUGCGAAUUUGAACACUGACUGCAUUACAGAAGAUCAAAAUAACAAAUGUGAAAAUAACACUGACAAUGAAAAUACAAAUCCUAUUCAGCAGGAAGAAAGAAAUGAAACACAGGAAUACAGCCCAGAAAAUCAAAAUACUUCCACAAAAUGCGAUACACGUCACGAACCCGAAAACACGAAGAAAAAUGCAAUUUCCUCGCAUCUCCAACCUCUGUCUGAGAAUACCAAAGAAAAUGAAGUUGAAUACACCACUGACGAAAGUACACUUAUUUUAACAAACACUUCAAGUACGGAUGUUGUCCGAUAUCAGACAGAAAAAUCAGAAUUAUUUUCGGUGUCUGGGUUGCUCUCGCAAGAAUACAGUAAAAGAACUGCUGAUAUCGAUGUUGGUGAAUUAGAUCGAGAGGAAGAUGUAUAUUUAAUGUCACAUAUUGCAUACAAUAACAAAAUAGAAUUUCAAAUUUCUAACACUGAUAACCUCACAGAAGAAAUCUCUAAUCUCAAUGAGGAUAAGAAAGAAGGAACGUCUAGUUGCAUUUCUCAAAUCUCUAAUUUUCAAAAUGUACAGUCCAAUACAGAUAAUUUUCACGAAGAUGAAGAAACGUGCAGAACUACGGAACUUUUCGCACACGACAGCAACAGAAUACGUACAAAUGACCUUGAAAUUGAAGAAAUAUUUAUUGAUGAUGAGUGUAAUAACAGCUCAGUUAUAGAAGUGGAAGAAAUAAACGCGUCAACAAAUUCUUCCGAAAGAAACAAUUGCACAAAUUCCACAAUCACAAAAGACAAUCAUAAAACACGAGAAAAAGUAAAACGCAGACAGCUGUUUGCAAAACCAUCCAAAAGCAAAUGGACAGCUUUCAAUUUAAAACGAACAGCCUCAAGUCAUUUAUCUAAGCGCGCAAGACUGAGAAACGCGAAAAUAAAAAGUUACAAAAAUCAAUCCAAGACACUGGAAAAUAGUUUACAAACUCACAUUUGUACCACUUUAAAGGACUUUUACCCUCAACUACGACUAACAACUGAUGCUUUCCAAAAAACGGAAAUGUUUCUACGAGAUAUAGUACACAGGUUAGGACGAGAAGCUGCAAGUUUAGUAGCCUUAUCUCAUAAGAAAAUCGUUAAUCUAAGAGUCUUAAAAUACGCUAUUAAGCUUUGCUUGGAACAUAUCAAAAAUGAAAUAGACAUUGCCGCAGGAAGAAAAAAUAAAUGGAUGCUUUGA